CCCCAGAGUGUGGCAGCGCUCCGCCAUAUUGACUGUUGUCUCGACUGGAGAAGAUAGGGAAACAUCAUUUGUGAUCCUAGAACAAAUAGAAACCGUGCUUUUAAACAUCUCUAAACUAGUGCAACCGUGACCAAAGGAUAUAAUCCGAGAUCUGCGUGAUGGCGAGGAAGAAAAACAAACAACAAGGAGUCGCGAGCAAGGAGUUAGUGUCCGGACAACAGAGCAUAUCGAAGAGCCCCGUUUCUCCCGGAGAUGCAGCUGGCGGGGAUGCAGGGCUGGAUAGACUGGCGGCCAGGGCGAACCAGCCGAGGCACACCUGCUGCCUCCUGUGUCACCGUGAGUUUAAGGACUGGGGGGCGAGCUCUGCCAACGGUCUGCCUGGGGGUCACGGGGCGAAGCUAGCUGACGCUGUCCCAGCCCUGUCCCAGGCCCUGCUCCGAGAGGUGCCGGGCCAGAAGCUGUCCGACACCGUGCCUUCGCUGAGCCAGUCUCUACUGGGAGAGGUUCCGCUCUGGAUCUGCCAGAGCUGCCGGAAGAGUGUUGAGGAAGAGGAGAGACAGAGCACCCAGGAAACGCCUGCACCGGUUCCGUUGUCCCACUCAUCGUUGUGUAGGGCUCAGAGCUGUAGUGAAGGUUACCCAGAGCAGAGCUCGGUAGACUGGGACCCAUCCUCCUUCCUCUCAGCCCACAAGCUCUCUGGUCUCUGGAACUCGGCUCACAACAAUGGAGGGAUCCACUGCAACCACAGCACUGCCUCGCACGCACAGCAAGGAACAGGGGGACCAGCGUGUCACGAGAAGCGAGGCUCUCAUGAGGCUCCUGGGAAAUCUGCUAAAACGCCUGGGGCCAAAGUGUGCCCCUACAGCCACCCUUCCCAGAAUUCCAGUGGUUCUUCCCCCGGGAACCCGCUCUCUACCUCCGGGGACCUCUGUAAGACCACCCCAAAGCACUUCAAGACCAUGUGCCGACGACCAACACCGCCUGGUGAAGCAUUCCACCCCAGCGACCACCACCAACACUCAGACCUGUCUGUCCCCCCCAACAGCCCCACUGGCCUCUCCUCCUCCUCUUCUCAGCAUUCCUCUCUCCUGCCCCUCAAGCAGAGCUCCGGAGGGCAGCAGCACGGCCAUGUCACAUCCUCCUCCUCCUCUCCCGGUCUAGCUGCUCACGCCCCCUUCUCCCCGCUGGUACCAAACCUUCACGUCCCCGCGGCAGGGGCCAAGCUGGGGGCCCUGGGUGGCCCUGACUGCUCAGCAGGGGCCAAGCUGGGGGCCUUGGGUGGCCCUGACUGCCCAACAGGGGCCAAGCUGGGGGCCCUGGGUGGCCCUGACUGCCCAACAGGGGCCAAGCUGGGGGCCCUGAGUGGCCCUGACUGCUCAGCAGCGGCCCUCCAUAAGCCCUUGGCAUGUAAGAACUCACACAUUCCUCCCGUGAACGGCCAGCACAGCAAACUGGGCCCCUCCCAGAUGGGCUGUAACCACCCCUGUAAUGGCCACAGUGGGGGGGCGCUGCCCUCUCCCAACGUGGGACACCUGACUGCUGGGCAACACCUGACUGCUGGGCAACACCUGACUGCUGGGCAACACCUGACUGCUGGGCAACACCUGACUGCUGGGCAACACCUGACUGCUGGGCAACACCUGACUGCUGGGCAACACCUGACUGCUGGGCAACACCUGACUGCUGGGCAACACCUGACUGCUGGGCAACACCUGACUGCUGGGCAACACCUGACUGCUGGGCAACACCUGACUGCUGGCGCCUGCAGGGACCAGGCGUGUAAAGGACAUAAGCUGUCUAACGGGGCGGGGGGGUUGUGUCACCCCCCUUCGGAGCUGGAGGAGGGAGAAGACGAGGACUCUAGUUCUGAGAGGAGCUCCUGUGCUUCCUCCUCAAACAACCAGAAGGAUGGGAAGUACUGUGACUGCUGCUACUGUGAGUUCUUCGGACACAACGCGCCCCCGGCGGCUCCGACCAGCCGUAACUACACAGAGAUCCGAGAGAAGCUCCGGUCCCGUCUGACGCGUCGCAAGGAGGAGUGUCUUCCCCAGAGACGGGACUCUGACCCGGCCGUGUCCACCUCCAUCGAUCACCGAGACGUGGACGAGCUGUUGGACUUCAUCAACUCCUCAGAGCACAAACCAGCCAACAGCGCUAAGGCUGCCAAGCGGGCACGCCAUAAACAGAAGAAGAAGGAGAAGCAGACCCAGGCGGGUAGUGGUGAUGGUGAGGGAGCUGGUAGCGACCCCCCCUCCACCCCUCCAGAGCCCAGUGAGGACCCAGACCACCUUAGCCUGGAGGAGGAAGAGGAGGAGGAUGUGGAUGGGGAGUACGGUGAGGGCCCGGAGGCUAGUCGGCUGCUGGAGUGGCCCCAGCUGGAACUAGAGAGGGUCAACUCCUUCCUGACCUCUCGGCUAGAGGAGAUCAAGAACACCAUCAAGGACUCUAUCCGGGCCUCGUUCUCCAUGUACGACCUCAACCUGGAUGUGAAUGACUUCCCCAAAAAAGCGGCUACUCUGGAGGGCAACCAUCUUCUCUCCCACCUCAACGGCUCCUCCUGCUCUGACCUGCAGCAGAUAGACCUCGACCUGGCCCCUCUCUCCCUGGGUACCUUCAAGAGCCAUCUGGACCUGGUCAGCGGCUGGGAGGAGGCCCACCCCCGGGACAACUCCCCCAUCGGCCCCAUCUCACCCCCAGCUUGUGCUACUGUACCUGGAGUAGGGGGACCAUGGGCUGCGGCUGGUACUGGGGCGAAGGAUGUUCAGAGGCUCCACACCACCCCCAGCCUCUCCAAGCUGAUCCGGGUGCGCUCCCCAGAGAGGUGCCCCUCUGCUAGGCUUGAGAAUAAACACCAUGCCCUUGCUUCGAUCCAGACCCAGGCCUCUAUUAAGGUAGCUAAGCCUAAAGAGGAGACCCCAGCGGAGCUCAAGAACAUGACUACCCCUACUCCUGGGGUUAAUGUUGGGGCUGGUAAGAACAUGACUACCCCUACUCCUGGGGUUAAUGUUGGGGCUGGUAAGAACAUUACUACCCCUACUCCUGGGGUUAAUUUUGGGGCUGGUAAGAACAUGGCUACUCCUGGGUCUGGGGUUAAUGCUGGGGCUGGUAAGAACAUUGCUACUCCUGGGUCUGGGGUUAAUGCUGGGGCUGGUAAGAACAUUGCUACUCCUGGGUCUGGGGUUAAUGCUGGGGCUGGUAAGAACAUUGCUACUCCUGGGUCUGGGGUUAAUGCUGGGGCUGGUAAGAACAUUGCUACUCCUGGGUCUGGGGUUAAUGUUGGGGCUGGUAAGCUGAAGAAGGGCAAGAAGCAGCAACGUCAGGACCAGCUGCCUCCAGAACAGAACCAGACCAGACCCGGAUCCAAAGCAGCUGCGGAGUCGCAGAAAACUGGUUCUGAUGCUGUGGGUUCUAAGGCUGGUUCUGGUUCCAAACCACCACCUCACUCGGCUGAGAGCCAGAGAACCGGGGCAAGGAGGGCGGAGGAGACCAGACCCACCCGUCAGCAGGCCAUCAACGGGACAGUGAGUAGCUCUGGUGCUCUCAGCACCCAAAGAGGGAAGGGGGAGGAGCAAGAGGCCAAAGGUCACUCUGUCACCUCAACCAAUCACAACCAAGCCCAGCAGCAGCAGCAACCCAAGGGGAAGAAUAAGAAGAACAAGAACAAGGGAGAGAAAACCAGCCGCAACAUCGACGAUGUGUUUCUCCCUAAAGACGUGGACCCAAAAGAAAUGGAUGAGAUUGAUCGUGAGGUGGAAUACUUUAAAAGGUUUUGCCUCGACUCUGCCAAACAGCCCCGCCAGAAGGUUGCAGUAAACUGGUCCAACUUUACCCUCAAAAAGGUUCCUUCCAACGCAGCCCAGUAACUGACGGGUUCUAGAAUGCAGAACCAGCCCAGUAACUGACGGGUUCUAGAAUGCAGAACCAGCCCCAGUAACUGACGGGUUCUAGAAUGCAGAACCAGCCCAGUAACUGACGGGGUUCUAGAAUGCAGAACCAGCCCAGUAACUGACGGCUUCUAGAAUGCAGAACCCCCCCCCCCAACACAACUAUGUCCACACAACCGCGACGGCCUGAGGCCUUCUCUCAUUCCCACUCUUCGUCCUCCUCCUCGUUUUCCUCACCAAGCCGAGGGACCCUGGGUGCAACACCAUUUUCCAUUCAGGACUGCGAUACUGCGUUGCUAUUGGCUAACAGCUAGGGAUCAUUCACACACAGGGGCGACUGAGACUAGACUUUGCUGUUUUGCAACGAGGGAGAAGAGAUCCAGGUUGAAACAUGGAGAACUGACACCCUUUAGUUUAUCAGAUCUAAUCUACUGUGUACUUCACUAUGUAGUAUGGAAAACAGUUACCUUAUACAAUAAAAAAUGUCUUUUUAUUGCAAUUGUGGCACAUUUUAACAUGGUUGAAAACCUC